CCUCUGAAUCUGGAUUGGUGAAAAACAAAAGCAACAAGAGCAACAAGAGCAACAAGAGUGAGAGAGAGAGAGAGAGAGAGAGAGAGAGAGAGAUGAGAGCUCUGUUGUCCAAGCUAGCUUGGACACCAAGCUCUAUGGUACUGAGAGGCGCCUUCUCCAGUAACAGGGCAGCCAAGAAUGGUGGGAAGGACGACAUCCUGGGUCCUUGCCUCCCUGACCUCUGGCCCACACCCAGCUCUCUUUCUCCUCCUCCUCUUCCUCCUUCACCUUCACCAAUCAGAGAUGAGGAACUGACUCCAACAAUCAUUAAUGGAGAGUUAAUUGCUAAGGAAAUAAGGUCAUCAAUUGCUGAAGAAGUACGGCAAAUGAAGCAAGCGAUUGAUAAAGUUCCUGGUCUAGCUGUAAUUCUGGUUGGUCAAAGAAGGGACUCUCAAAGUUAUGUACGCUGUAAGAUAAAGGCUUGUGAGGAGGUUGGAAUAUCAUCUCGGGUGGCUGAAUUUCCUGUUGAUUGCAAUGAUAAUGAAAUAGUGAAUGCUGUAUCAAGCUUUAAUGAAGACCCAUCAGUUCAUGGCAUCCUUGUUCAGCUACCUUUGCCACAGCAUAUGAAUGAGGAGAAAAUUCUCAGCGCCUUAAGUUUGGAGAAAGAUGUGGAUGGCUUCCAUCCACUAAAUGUUGGAAAUCUUGCAAUGAGAGACAGAGAACCAUUGUUUAUUCCUUGCUCUGCAAGAGCAUGCAUCGAGUUGCUACUUCGGUCUAAUGUCAAAAUCAUGGGCAAAAACGCAGUUAUCAUUGGUCGAAGCAGGGUGGUUGGUUUGCCAACCUCACUACUAUUACAGAGGCACCAUGCGACAGUGAGCAUCAUUCAUGCUUUCACUGAAAACCCAGAAGACAUCACUCGUGAAGCAGACAUUGUAAUCUCAGCUGCAGGAGUACCCGGCCUUGUCCGUGGUAAUUGGUUAAAGAAAGGAGCAGUUGUGAUUGAUGUUGGAACUAAUGCGAUUGAGGAUCGUGGAAGUAGGCAUGGGUACUAUCUCACUGGAGAUGUUUGCUAUUUAGAGGCAUUGUCGGUUGUUUCAGCAAUAACUCCAGUUCCUGGCGGGGUUGGACCUGUCACAAUUGCGAUGCUUCUUUCAAACACUCUUGAUGCUGCAAAACUUGCAUAUAGACUAUCUUAGUCUCAGAAUUGGCAUUAACUAACAUUUUUAUGAUUCAAAAUUACUCAUUUUUGUUUUAUUAGGUGUCUUUAGCUACUGUGUAGCUCUUUUUCUUCAAAAAAUUACUCAUUUUUGUUAUCACAACCUUGUUUAUUGUUGAAUAUAUUCUUUUGCUUU